ACGGCACAUGCAUUGGAGACAGUUCUUGCUACAGUCCAACUUUCUUACGAUUUCAUCGCCAUGUCAUCCGCAUACUAUCCGCAGACAGAUGGACAAACCGAGCGUCUCAACCAAAUUGUAGAGCAACUCCUCCGCGCAGCCUACAAGGACGAAAUCUUCAAGUGGGACUUGCAUCUGCCCAUCCUGGACUUUGCCUACAACAAUGCUACUCACGCGCUACUCGACAGACGCCCUUGAUAUCGGCCAUCUCCCAUUCAAACUGCG